AGCUGACUAAGAUCGAGCAGUCAAUUGUCAAACUGCAAAAAAAAAAGGAGCAUUUGGAGGAAGAGGCGAAGAAGCCAGAUGAUGAAAAGUCGGCAGCCACUCCUACAAAUAUAAUCGACUCCAACAAACAGUGCAUCAGUCAUACUAUAUUUUCAGAGAAUAGGUCAAAAGCCAUGGAAUCCCAUGCAUUUAUGAAAAAGCCUGGAAGUAAUAUUUACUACAGGCCUCUCUACCAUCAGCCAUCUGACGUGAAUAUAUACCACGAAAAUAUUAAAAAGUUUGUAGCAUUCAAGCCACAGUUAAUAUCCUACAUUAAGAAAAAGAAGCAUCUUGAAAACUCCAGGGAUAGAUAUCUGUGUAGGAUGUACGAUAAGCUCAGCGACAGCUGGUUUAAGAGGCUAGAAAAGAUUGAAUCCAACCCUAAGAAGAAGGUGAAAGAUGCCAAAGUGAGGGAGAUUUUUGAAAAGGUUUUUCCAGAUCUGAGAAAAAAACGCGAAGACAAAGAAAGAUUAGCUAGAUCGACAGUUACAAACAUAAGCAACAAAUCCUCAAGUAGCAACAACAACAACAACAAUAAUUCCGACAAUACUAAUGGGGAUAAUGAAAUUGUUGAUGAAGAACUUCGUAAAAGGCGGGAGAUGUCCUCAAGGAUUCCCAUGCUCCUUUACAAAGGUCACUAUCAAAGGUUAAGGCCGUUCAUAUCCAACAAUGGCUACAUUGAUGUCAACACAGAGUCAAAUCUCUUGCCACUAGCUACGAGGUGCAACUACUGGACACAAAGUGAGAGAGAUAUUUUCAAAGAGAGGUAUGCAUCCCAUCCGAAGAACUUUGCUUACAUUGCCUCACAUCUAGAAACUAAGAGCAUUCAGGACUGUGUGUUGUUUUAUUACGCCUCUAAGAAGAAUGAGAACUACAAGCAACUCGUCAGAAAGCAUCACAUGAGUAGGAGGAAGACUGAUAAGGCUAAGAAGGUUGGCCGGAUGAUUGAUCGAUUGGUUGAUUGA